CUUCUCUUUCUUCUCCGAGGACGCGUUUGGCGGUUCGUCCUGGAGUUUCCGAUGCUCUCUUUUAAUGGCGGAAACCAAGUCAAAGGAUAGAGGAAUCCGAUAGAUUCUAAACACUCCAUAAGAAAUUUCUAGGGUUUAUUUUACACUCACUACUAAUCGAUUGCGGAGCUUAGAAGCAUAAUGACGCUGACGAGAUACCAGAUACGGAACGAGUACGGCUUGGCGGAUAAGGAGCUAUACCAAGCCGCCAAUAAGGAGGAUCCUGAAGCUUUGCUCGAAGGUGCUUCAAUGGCUGGACUCGUCGGCGUUUUGCGCCAGCUUGGCGACCUCGCUGAGUUUGCUGCUGAGGUAUUCCAUUGCCUGCACGAAGAACUAAUGAGAACUGCGUCACGAGGGCAUGGUUUGGCCAUGCGUCUCCAACAGCUCGAAGCAGAGUUUCCUUCAACUGAGAUACCUCUCCUGUCUCAAACGGACCAUUCAACAUUCUUUUAUGAGCCAGGCUUGGAAUGGCAUUCUAAUCUGCAACCAGAAGAAAAUCUGAUUUCCCCUCGCAACUUGCCUCAUUUUCUUAUGGAUUCAUAUGAGGAAUGCCGUGGUCCGCCGCAUCUCUUCCUUCUUGACAAGUUUGAUGUUGUUGGGUCUGGAUCAUGCUUGAAGCGUUACUCUGACCCAUCUUUCUUGAAGAAGCUUACUGCAUCUGCAGUGGAAGCGACAUCAAAACUCACGAAAGAUGAGAGACGACGUAAACCAAAGAAGAAAGGAUCACACACAACUGGUGGAGAGAGACCUAGGGAUUCACAAGCAUCACAUGCCAAGUUGCAUCAGCUCUUCUUACUGGAGCAUGUUGAGAACGGACACAGAAAUCCUGAAUUCCAUGUCAAACUGAAGAGAAGACAGCUGAAUGGACCUAUAAUUAACUCAAGCUCUGGGACAGGUUACAUGGAGAAAUUCCUCAAGAAUUCUUCGCCAUACUGUGAAAGAGUUCAUGGAAACUGGGAUCAGUCAUCUCCGGCUAUGGAAACUGAAGUUACAGUAUGCAGGGUACGAGAAGACUUACCAAUACCUUCCCUGGUUUAUCCAAACAGUGGAUACACUACAAAAUACAAUGAGAGGGAGAUGGAAUCCAUUGGCGAUGAUGAAAGACUCGAAAAACCUUAUGUUCCUCAGGAAAUUACGGUUAAUGACAAGUCUUUACCCAGUAUAGAGGGAGGACCAGCGAUUUGCGUAGAACGAAGCUCUUCUGUGGAUUUGUGUUGUAAGACGAACAAUGACACAGAUGCACCUGUUUCCACGGAGUCAGACAGUGAGCACAAGGCUGGCAGUACCCGUGGAUUUCCGGGAUUUGGACAGACACAGAUCUGUACUAUUGCAGAUGUGAUUCAGACAGAGGUUCUGGGUCAGUUUUCUAAUGUUUUGCACCACUCAUCGGAUGAAGGAGAAACUAGUCUUUUGUGCACUGAUAUCCAGAGAUCUUCUCCUGAAAGUAAACCACAUGAAGCUGAAGGGUCUGGUGUGAAAGUAGACGUAUCAUUUUCCCAGAUGACACCGGAAAUAGAUUCUGCAGGCCUGGGGACUCUAGAGCUCGAACAAUCACCUUUCAGUUUUUCUUGUUAUGAGAGUCCUCCAAAUCUUCUGGAGGAUUCUGGAAGUCCCUUGGAGCUUCAGUCCACUAAAGAAAAUGCUGAUGAGAUUGGGUUGAAAUCAUCUGAAGCUUGUGAUGUCGGAAGAAAUCCCAUGCUUAAUAAUUCCCCUGGAGCUCAUCCAGAGUAUCUGUUAAAGGUUGUUACGCAAGUGCCACUGGACGCAUCUGAGGGUGGGACUAAGGUUCUUCUAACAAAUUACGUUGAAGAUUAUCAUUCUGAACAUGUAUUCAGUGUGGAGACUGAAUCUGAGAUAUCUUUAAGUGCUCUAGUGGAAGACCAGUUUUCUUCCAUAGCCAGUCAAGAGAUAGAAGCUCUGGAACCCGAGGACAAUUCUUCUGACGCUGGUCAUUCCAUUCCAGAUAUCAAAAGCAGUUUAAAAGAAACAUCUGCGGCAUUAGAGUCCGAUUUUCUUCUUCCAAACCAGCAUAUUAGCACAUUUGACAACUUUGAAGAUUUAUCUCUGCCUGCUGAUGCACAUGACAAUGCUGUCCCAAAAGAAGAUGAAACCAACUCACAAGACGGAUCUUCCAUCAAUACUGAACAGUCUGGACACAUUUCAACUUUUGAAAUCAGUUCAGAAAAUGGAACUCUAAAGUCAGAUUUUCCAAGAGAUCUUCACGCAGGAAACAGGCACCUCUCAGCCUCAUCCUGGCAGGAAGACGCAUUGGCCAACCCUGAUCUGGCUGAGAUAUCAUCAGAUUCUGGAAUGGAGGAUCCACAAACCAUGUCUACCAUUGCAGAUGAUAGUACUAAGCCUGAGGUACCAAUUCCCGAUACUCAAGGACAUAGUGCUUGUUCUGUCGAUGAUGUCCAUCACGAUAACCAGACUGGCCAGAAUGAUAAGGCCAGUGAGACAGUGCCCGAAAUAGACCGUGAUCCACAGGAGAGACUUUUAGGCACUCGAGAAUGCUUUUCACCUGAGUCUUGCAUACAGACACAGGACCAAGGUCAAGAGAGUCCAUGCGAAACCGGGUCAGAAAAUCCAAUUACAGCAUCAGCCAAGUCUCUUCCUCCACAAGGUGUACCUCUUGGUGUUCCGGGGUCACCUUCAGAGGAAGCAUUAACAUCCAACAAAAAGCUUUUCCCUGCAAGCGUAACUGAAAUAGAAUCUCUUCAUGCACCACACCAAGAAACUUUCACAUCAUUAAAUGAUCAUAUCUCUGAGGUUGUUAUUUCCAUGGAUCUGACUGAUCAAGAAAAUUGCUCGGACGUGUCCAUGGUUCCCUUCUCCACGUCCCUCCAUGAAAAACCUCAGGCAGAUCCGGAGAUAACCCCUCCGCUUCCGCCUCUUCCUCCGACACAAUGGUGGAUUGGGAAGCUGGUUGAGUCUGUCAAAACAGCCGAAACCCAGUUCUCUCCAGUGCCAUUAGUUGCAGGCAGUGGAAACAACAGUUCGUACAUUCAUGGGGAUGAAACCAAACAUAAUGGCUUAGUUCAAGCGGACGAGGCACAAUAUCCGUCAGCAGCAUCAGUUACAAACCACGGUUUUCAUGUUUAUACAGAAAAUUUUACAGUGGAAGGCGAGUCAACUUCUGCACCAACAAAUCUGAAUGAACCAUCUAAAGCAACAGAGGAACCGUCUCCACCAGCAGUCAAUGGAACAAGCGAAACCUAUAUGCAUAAUGAUGAAAGUACAGCAGAAAAGUGUUUAUAUAAAACACCGGAGGAAUCAUUUGCUUCGGUAUCGUUACUCACAGCUGAAACUACUCGGGAGGCAGAAUCAUGCGAAGGCUUAGAAGCGGACUGGAGGAGUGAAGCAAUGGCGCUUGAAUGGUUUAGUCAGAAUUUAAGAGAGCAUACGGAUCCUAGCCCUGCAAAGUUAGAAGAGGAACAUCAGCGUGAUCAUCAACUAGAACCACCCGGAGAAAUCGAAUUUCCACAAACUUUACGAGACAGUAACUCAUAUCAUCAGGAUGAGAAAGUUGGAAAGCUUCCAAGAGACAAGGACUCGCUUGUUAUUGGCAUUGAUAGAAGCAUGUUGAGGAAGGUAUCUGAACGGAACAAAGCACAAGUUGGAGCUCGAGUGGACGAGAAUGAUUCACUACUGGAGAUCAUACGGAGCAAGUCGUUCAACCUGAGACCAGCAGAUGCGUCGGUGAGACCAAACUUUCAAGUAGCUGUUCCCAUAACCAACUUGAAGGUCGCUGCAAUUCUUGAGAAAGCCAACACUCUGCGCCAGGCAAUGGCGGGAAGCGACGACGACCACGAUUCAGAUAGCUGGAGUGAAUGAGUCUCCAGGUAACCUAUAAAUGACACACAUACUGAUCGUACACACAUACACACACACUCUGUGUAAUCUGUAUAGAAGAAUUCUUAGCUUCUUGUCAGAAUGUAUUCUUUAUUUCUCCUAAUGUUUCUUUUGCUCUCUUUCACACAUGUAAUGCAUGUCUCUCUGUUUUUUUUUUCCAUCGACACAUUUUUUUACCCUCCUUUUUGUAAAUUCUCCGUUUAUGUUUCA